AUGGAUACAACAACAGCCUGUAGUAAAAGGAGUAAUUUAGCUCCAAAUGUCGCGGUCAAUGCCGUUUUAUUGCCUAGCCAAGAACUACCGGCUGAAACACCUAUCGUCUCAGGUUACGAUUGGGAAAAUGGCACUGAUUUCAACAAAAUACUCGAGAGUUUCGCCCACUCAGGCUUCCAAGCUACAAACUUCGGGAAUGCCGUGCAAGAAAUAAAUAAAAUGUUAAAAUGCCGUUCCGUGCCACUAACAGAAGAUAAUAGUGAUCCUUAUGAAGAAGAUAUAUUCAUUAAGAAGAAAACCAACUGUACCAUUUUUUUGGGAUACACCUCUAACAUGAUAUCGUCCGGUCUACGCGAUACACUGCGAUUUUUGGUUAAAAACAAACUUGUUGAUUGUGUAGUCACCACUGCUGGUGGUGUUGAAGAAGAUUUUAUCAAAUGCCUUGCCCCUACGUAUGUCGGAGACUUUAAUUUGAGCGGAAAACUAUUAAGAACUCGAGGUAUAAACAGAAUUGGGAAUUUGCUAGUUCCAAAUGAUAAUUAUUGUCGUUUUGAAGAAUGGGUCACACCGUUAUUAGAUGAGAUGAUUGAUGAACAGAUCCGAGAUGGAACUGUUUGGACUCCGUCGAAAAUAAUAGCUAGAUUAGGUGAGAAAAUUAAUGACGAGAGCUCUUUAUGUUAUUGGGCUUGGAGAAACAAUAUUCCUGUCUUCAGCCCAGCCUUGACUGAUGGCUCUUUAGGAGAUAUGAUGUAUUUUCAUUCGUUUAAACGUCCUGGACUUAUUAUUGAUAUAUUAAGUGACUUACGACGACUGAAUACGAUGGCUGUGAAAGCCAAUAAUACUGGUAUGAUUAUAUUGGGUGGCGGUGUGAUAAAACAUCACAUAUGUAAUGCGAAUCUCAUGAGAAACGGAGCAGAUUAUGCUGUCUAUAUUAAUACUGCAAGCGAAUUUGAUGGAAGUGAUUCCGGGGCCAGGCCUGAUGAAGCAGUUUCGUGGGGAAAGAUCAAGCCGAAUGCCACACCAGUUAAAUUGUCUGCGGAUGCAACUUUGGUGUUUCCGUUAAUUGUUGGUCAGACGUUUGCUAAGCAUCAUUUUAGCAAUAAAAAGAAUGUUUAA